AUGACCAAUCAAUCAGCGGAAAACACGUGGGGCUCUAAGUAUCGUAAGAAAAACGACAGAGCCCCGCCGGAGAUUUACGAAGAAGUCAACACCAGCGUUCUCGAAGCUCUACCGGGAACACCCCCCCGGGGGCAAUCCUUUCCACGAUUGCCAGUAGAGGAGGACUUCCCGAAGUAUAUUGAGAAUCGAGUUGUUUCAUUGAAUACUCCGAAGGAGGAGAUCCAAUACGUGAUAGUUGUUCUCCACGGGUACGCGGCCAACCAACACACUUUAUACGAGUUUGCCAAGAAGCAUUUGCUUGGUCCAAGGACUGCCUGUAUUUUUGUGCGAGGAACAACGCAGGUUGGGGAGACAGGCACUUAUUGUUGGUCGGACAAGGGCGAUUACAUUGGCAAAGACCGCACGCUUCAACUUAUCAGGAGAGCAGGAACUGGCUUUUCUUCAAUUCAAAGUUCUGAAUUUGCAGGACCUAGUCGCUCAAACACCGCCAAUACAACAACCGAGUCUCUCAACAAUAUUUCAAACAGGGCGGCCGACGUGAGUGAUGAUGAUAUUGGCAGGCCCACCUACGAAAACUGUACUGAGAGGAUCGGGGUUGAAGUCGUUACAAAUGUUCUCAUCAAAACAUGCGGUUUCAGGGCGCGGGACAUUGCAAUUGUUGGGCACGACCAAGGCGGUACUGCUGCACUUGCGGUUGCUGCCGCUUGUUGGCAGACAAAGUUUGGCGGAGUUGUGUCUAUUGGUGGGCCAUUGCCGAAUGAUUUCCCUGACGGAAUCGAGUCUCGUACUCAUGUUUUACUUCUUGGUGGCAAGCUUGGAGAUCUCAACCCAACGGAGUGUGCAAGGGUCCAAAGGGCAUUUUCCGGGACUAUCGAAGCACUCAAGCGAUACGAUCCGCCCACGGAUGGAGACGAUUACAACGACAUCAACAAUGCUGAACUAAAGGAAUUUGUGGCACAUCAGUUGCGAAGAGAAGAAUGGACAAAAGAGGCUGUAUUAACCUUUGACGGGGGAGGAAUUCGAGGAUAUGGAAGUUUGUUGAUGCUUAAAGCUCUCAUGGACAAAAUCGCCUAUUUCGAAAAGGAGCUGGAUAAGGAUGUGGAAGCAAGUGGUAAACGCAAACUCUCCGAGUCAAGCUUUUCACCUUGUGAAUAUCCUCCUCGUGAGGUGAACGGAACGACGGUCCAACGCGCACCUCAUAAGUUGGAAGAUGAUGAACUCUAUUUGCCAUGUCAUUACUUCACGUUCAUCGGAGGCACAAGCACAGGGGGACUUAUCAGCAUAAUGAUAUCGAGAUUUCGAAUGACGGUCUGCGAUUGUAUUAAGGAGUAUAAAGAAUUGGGGGAGAAAGUCUUUGGCCAUCCUCGACCACCUGGAUUCGCAAACAUUCUAACUCAUAAGUUCGAUGCGGACGAUCUCAAAAAAGCGAUUUGCGACGUUGCUAAACGCCAUGGUAAUACUACUGAAGAUGAGGAUAGCGCGGCCCAUUACCCGUGCCAUGAAGACCUUUGCCAGACCAUAGUCGCUGCUCGAGCUGAUAAGGGCGGUGUCACUUUGCCUUUCCUGUUCCGAACAUAUGAUUGCAGAGAAGAUGAACCAGCUGGCUCAAAAAACCCGCCGUUGAAUGCAGGCCGAGCCGCACCGUGUAGCAUUUUUGAAGUUGGGAGAGCAACGAGUGCGGCGACCAACUAUUUCAGACCGAUUAACAUCAAAAAUUGGGGCGUCAAAGGGUUUGAAAAGAAGGAGAUAUCGUUCGUGGACGGAGGCUUUGGCACUAACAAUCCCAGUCACGAGAUACUGAGAGAUAUCAAACGUAAACGAAGAGCGCCGAGCGAAGUCAUCGAAGUGUUCGCUAGCUUUGGCACAGGAGUAUCUGGUGACCAUCUUGAAGGGAAACUGACCAGUUUAUUUCGCAUGGUGGAGGAGAUGAAAAAGGAGAUAACCAAUGUCCUCCCCGCCCACAGAGCCAUGGAAGACGACAGCGGGAUUCACGAUGAGGAUGGCCACAAAAGAUUCCGUUACUUUCGGUUUGAUGGCGGUAAAGCUCUGGGAGGAGUUGCCAUGGAUGAGUGGAGUGGGCGGAGGAGGAGUCAGAUGAGAGUUAGAAGUCGACCUACGGGAGAAGAAACCUUGAUUGCCAUGGACAUGGCCGUCAAAAAAUUCCUGAAGGAAGACGGGGUCAAAAAAGACCUGGAUGAAUUAGCGCUGAUCCUAGUUCGUCGCCGCCGAUUGCGCACGAGAGAUACACUGGCCUGGGAGCGUUACGCUUGUGCCUCGCGAUAUGAAUGUUCCCAGGCAGAGUGCCAUGCGUGGCUCUACACACCCGAGGAACUUCGAGCUCAUCUUCGUAGCGAACGCCCUGAUCUUCUUGAGACUGAUUUUUCAACUGCUGUGGAGGGCUCAAAGAAGUGUUGGACAUAUCGAGGAGCUAAGCAUGAAGAUUGAGCCACGGAGAAACCGAAGCUUCCAAGAGAUGGAGCGAGAGGGCAGUGUUGUGUGGGAUUAUUACGGAGGCGGAUGAUGGACGGGUGCGAUGUUGAAGACCGGAGGACGGGCUGAAAUACAGAUAUUGAAGCAUGCUCCAAGGAUGGGCACUUAACUUAAUUUCAGGUCGGGUAUUUAAUUUGGGAGUUGCGGAUUGUGUCAAAGAGCAUAAGAAAGGGACAUUUCUGCGAUUCACACCAUCGCCAUUAAUUACUGGGUCAAGGAAACCUC